AAAAAGCGAGGGUUAGAUCAAUCGUUAUUAUGGAAAUAAUGGAGACAAUCUCUCACUUCUUAUCAUUAGACAAUAUGUGAAACAAUGUUCCACGUUGAUUGAUAUUGAAUCAUUAUUAUGUUGAUUACCAGUAUGGAAGUUAGUGGAAUAACAAUAUUCAUGCUGUUGUUUUUCUCAGUAUUUGCAGGACGAUUAGUUGGUGUUGAUGCACGUGGAUAUUGGCAACCCAGCAAGCUUCUAUUAAAGACUAUCUCAUUCUCUGUGGUUCAAGAAAAAGACGCUGCCUCUGACCAAACGGCUUGCAAUAAGAUAAAUCGAAGCUCUCCGUUUGGUUGCAAUGGUUUCAAAUCCUUAAAGUCAAAACAAAGAGUGGAAAUAACUGACUUACUUCCAAAAUUACCUUCGUCGGAACCAAACACAAUACGAAAUGAGACAGCUGGACAAAAUUUUUCGAGCGAAGGACCGCUUCCCCAGAUAAACAUCAGCCUAGAUAAUACGUUGGCGGCACAAUCUACAGAGCAGAAUUCCACAAGCAUCUUAACGGAAGUAAUAAAAACAAAAAUAGUUGGCGGUGUUAACACUGAACCCCGAGACUGGCCCUGGCAGGCGUCCAUACAGUAUAGAGGCGACGACCAUCGCUGGUGGCACUUCUGUAGCGGAAGUUUGGUCUCCCCACGCUGGCUGGUCACUGCGGCCCAUUGCGUGGCACUCCUCAAGGAUCAUACCAUCCGGGUUGUAGUUGGCGAGUAUCGACUGAGCGUAUAUUCUCACAAUGAGCAGGUUGUCAACCCGGAGAAAAUUUAUAUGCACGGGUACUUCGAUGCAAGAACGCACCUGUAUGACAUUGCCAUGGUAAAGCUGACACACAACGUCUCCAUGACGUGGAACGUGCAGACAAUCCAAGCCAUAAGCCCGAGACAGGACACGGAGAACAACCACGCCAACUGCCACAUCUCUGGCUGGGGAAACGUCAUAGGCUCCACGACCGACGUGUUCCUGUCAGAUAUCCUGCUGCAGAGCCCCAUGAAAGUACUGCUCCACAGCGAGUGCAGCGUCCAUAACUACGAUCUAUCGAACUCCCAGCUGUGCGUGUUCAGCCACGUCGCGUCAGCCUGCACGGGUGACAGUGGCGGUCCGCUUGUGUGCGCCGUGGGGAGCGAAUGGCGGCUGACAGGUGUGGCGUCCUGGGUGGCUAGCAGCACGUGCGCGCCCUCCUAUCCAAACGUGUACACGCGCAUGUCUUUUUACAUAGACUGGAUGAACACUGUCAUCAACUCUAAGUAGAGCCCGUGCAUGCGCAUGGUGUUGUAUUUCGGCGUUUCCGGUGACUAUCACAACGACACCAUAGCGCUAUAUGGAGUGCCUUAAUUUUGUAUCUGCAAGUAAUCUCGUUCGGUUGCACUGAUGGUUACGGACUUUGAACCCCUAGGAAGACAAUAUGUUUUAUUUCAAUAUUGCAUAUGUUUUAAUAACUAUUGUAGACAAGUCAAAACAUAUCUUUAUCUUUGUUAAUAUUAUUCACGACAUUAAAACAAGAUAUUUCUAGUCAUGUCCUUUUCAGUAAUCGUUAUUUUCAAAGACUUCCACGAAGUUAGGGUUCAGCGCAAAAUCCAUUUGUUUUCAACUUCUAGUUGAAGAGGAAACGGCGUUUUACAAUUGUCAAUGUUAUUGAAAUCAGAAAUUUGCUUGUAUAUGUAAAUGCAUAUAGAUCUGAAAGUAUCA